AUGGCUUCCGUUAAUGUUGAUCAACAAUUUGACGACCAUACACACUUUGACAAUAGCACUGAUUUAAUGAACAAUGUUGAUGAAAUGAGUGAAGCGGUUGCUAGGGAAUCUAAGAACGUACCGUUGGAACCGCUGAACACACCGUGGACUUUUUGGGUUGAUAGAUCUGUCCGUGGUACAACAGCCAAACAGUAUGAAUCUUCUCUGAUGAAAAUCUAUACUGUUGACACAGUUCAAGGAUUUUGGAGUGUAUACAAUCACAUUCCUCAACCAUCAAAACUAAAUAUUAGGUACAGUUAUCAUCUUAUGAGGGAAGAGCGUAGGCCUGUUUGGGAAGAUGAAGAAAAUAGCGAAGGAGGAAGCUGGACCCUGAAGUGCAAGAAACAAGAUACAGAAGAUGUAUGGAGGCAGCUCCUAUUGGCUGCCAUUGGCGAGCAGUUUACAGAUUGUAUGGCUGAAGAUGAUGAGGUUAUUGGAGUCAGCGUCAGUAUUAGGGAAAGGGAUGAUCUUAUUGUAGUUUGGAAUCGCUAUGCUCGCCUGAAAGAGUUAUCAACUGUCCUAACAAAGAUACAGGAGUUGCUACCUAAUGUUGCCUUUAGCACCAUGUUUUACAAAGCUUUCACUAUGCAUGAAGCAUUUGAGGGCAAGAAAGGACAGAAGAUGCAGUCCUGA